GGUUAUAACAAUCUAGAUAAAUAUUCCUUCUAAUCCUUUUCUGGAUUGACCUAACGGAACAAGCGAGAAAGGGGACUAGUAUCAAAAAAAAGGGCUCGUCGCACACCCCUACUGGUACGUCCCAACUCCCAAGUCCCCAUGGAGCUACCAGCACCGUCCUCCGCAUCCUUCUUCCUCGUCGCCGUAGUGGCUGGCGCCACUCUCUUCCUCGUAACCGUUCUCCGGCUCCGCGCGCGCUCGACGCGCAAGUACAGGCUCCCACCAGGCCCGCGGCCGUGGCCGGUGAUCGGCAACCUGAACCUGAUCGGCCCGCUGCCUCACCACUCCGUCCACGAGCUCUCCAAGAGGUACGGCCCGCUCAUGUCCCUGCGGUUCGGCUCCUUUCCCGUCGUCGUCGCGUCGUCGAUCGACACGGCGAGGCUCAUCCUCAAGACCCACGACCUGGCCUUCAUCGACCGUCCUCAGACGGCGGCCGGCAGGUACACCACCUACAACUGCGCUGGCCUCUUCUACCAGCCCUACGGCGCGUACUGGCGUCAGGCGCGCAGGCUUUGCCAGGCCGAGCUCUUCAGCGCGAGGCGGCUCAUGUCGCUCGAGCACGUCCGCAGCGACGAGGUGCGCGCCAUGCUGAGCGACCUGCGUGCGGCGGCGUCGGCGCCGGCCGGCGGCCACGACGCGGUGACGCUCAGGGAGCACCUCUACAUGGUGAACCUCAGCGUCGUCUCGCGCAUGCUGCUGGGCAAGAAGUACGUCGUCGAGGGGUCUAGCUCGCCGGCGACGCCCGAGGAGUUCAGGUGGCUGAUCGACGAGCACUUCUUUCUCAACGGCGUGCUCAACGUCGCGGACAUGAUCCCGUGGCUCAGCCCCCUGGACCCGCAAGGGUACGUCAAGAGGAUGAAGAGGUCGGCCAAGAUGCUGGACCGGUUCCUGGAGCACGUGGUGGACGAGCACAACGAGCGGCGGCGCCGAGAAGGAGAGGAUUUCGUCGCCAUGGACAUGAUGGACGUGCUCUUGGAGCUCGCUGACGACCCCAGCCAGCUCGAGGUCCCCAUCACGCGGGAUAAUGUGAAGGGGUUCACUCUAGACCUGAUGGGCGGCGGCACCGACACCUCGGCGGUGACUGUGGAGUGGGCCAUGUCAGAGCUCCUGAGGAACCCAGAGGUCCUCGCCAAGGCCACCGAGGAGCUGGACCGUGUCGUCGGCCGCAACCGUCUUGUGGCAGAGGGGGACAUCCCAAGCCUCCCGUACCUCGACGCCGUCGUGAAGGAGACCUUGCGCCUGCACCCAGUCGCGCCGCUCCUGACUCCGCGGCUGUGUCGGGAGGACGUGUCCGUGGGCGGCUACGACAUCCCGGCGGGCGCGCGCGUCUUCGUCAACGCCUGGGCCAUCGGCCGUGACCCGGCGGUGUGGGAAGCUCCCCUGGAGUUCCGGCCGGAGCGGUUCGCCGGAAGCGGCGUGGACGUCAAAGGGCAGCACUUCGAGCUGCUGCCGUUCGGGUCCGGCCGCCGCAUGUGCCCCGGCAUGGGCCUCGCCCUCAGGAUGGUGCCUACGAUCCUGGGCAACCUGCUGCACGCCUUCGCUUGGCGGCUCCCCGACGGCGUGGCGGCCGAGGAGCUGGGCAUGGAAGAAACGUUCGGGCUCACCGUGCCGCGCUUGGUUCCGCUCCAGGCCGUCGCUGAGCCCAAGCUUCCUGCUCGCCUGUAUGCUGUCCUGUGAUGCAUGCAAGCCUAUCUUGCUCUGCCUAAUAUUUUUCUCUUAGUAAUUAAGUGGUUUAGUCGUUUAGAACAUCGUAUCCUGGGUCUUUAUAUCAUCUGAAUAAAGCAUUGCACGUGAAAGCUAGCAGAGAUAUCACAAGACUAUC